AUGUCGGGCGACAAUGGCAGCCAGCAGAGGAAGAAGAGGCUUGCCAUUAUGGGGGUCUCUUCGGUCCUUCUGGUAGCAAUGGUAGCUGCUGUCGCCGUCGGCAAUAGUAAUUCAGGAAAAGACUCCCAGAACGGCACUACUGAGAUUUCAACAUCUCAGAGGAACGUCGACACGCUUUGCCUCUCCGCACAAUACAAAGAUACCUGCAAGAAGAGCGUGGAGGGCGUAGCGUCCGGCAAUAACACCGACAUGAAAUCCCUCAUCAAGGCCGCCUUUAACUCCACGGCGGAAGAGAUCACCAAUCAAAUGAGGAACUCCACACUGUUCAGAGAGCUGGAGAAGGACCCCAGCACAAAAGACGCUUUGGACGUGUGCAAGGAGGUGUUUGGUUACGCGUUGAAGAGCAUCAAUGACUCCAUCGAUAAGGUGGACAAGUUUGAACUGAGCAGUCUGGGCGAAUUCGCCUACGACCUCAAGGUUUGGCUGUCAGGAGCCAUAACCAUGCAGCACACCUGCCUGGAUGGUUUUCAUAACUCCACCACCAAGGCUGGGCAGACCAUGGCCAGUGCACUGAAAACGGCCUUGGAGAUGAGUAACAACGCGCUUGACAUAGUGGAAGGCUUCUCCAGCGUCCUAGAGGAUUUCAACCUGGACGACCCUCUCGAUGACGUUGAAAACACGGAGGCCGCCAAAAACAAUAGCAGGAAGCUGCUGACGACUGCCUCCUCCAAGGCGGAAGCCGUGGCGGCGAAUGACAUACCAACGUGGGUGGGCAGCCACCAGAGAAGGCUGUUGCAGGUGGGAAAAAAGGCAUUGAAGGCAGACGCUGUGGUUGCUCAGGACGGGACUGGCCAGUUCAAGACAUUGACGGAUGCACUCAAGACAGUUCCCCCAAACAACAACAAGCCCUUUGUCAUCCACGUCAAGGCUGGGGUAUACAAGGAGGAAGUAACCAUUGCCGCAAACACCAUGAACUUUGUGACCAUCGUCGGAGAUGGGGCAACAAAAACCAGGUUCACCGGAGGCAAAUCCCAAAAGGAUGGGUUCCAAACUUUCCACACCUCAUCAUUCUCGGUGAAUGCCAAUAACUUCAUGGCAGUAGACGUAGGGUUCGAGAACACGGCAGGACCUAGCGCGGGGCCGGCGGUGGCGCUGAGGAUAACCGGAGACAAGGCAGUAGUAUACAGAUGCUACGUGGACGGACACCAGGACACACUGUAUCCGAGCGCCUACAGGCAGUUCUACAGGGACUGCAUGGUGUGGGGGACCAUCGACUUCAUAUUCGGGGAUGCGGUAACAGUAUUCCAGAACUGCACAAUAAUGGUGAGGAAAGGUGUGGAUGGGCAGGAAGGCGUGGUGGCGGCCGGCGGGAAAAACCAGCAGGCAGGUCCCAGUGCUCUGGUGUUCCAGGGCUGCAAAUUCCUUCCGGACCCAUCCUACAUGGAUACAGCCGCCGUGAAGAACGGGUUGCAGAUAUCGUAUCUGGCGAGGCCAUGGAAGCCGUACGCAAAGACGGUGAUCAUAGAGUCGUACAUCCAUGAAAUCUUCAACCCAAAAGGGUACAUUCCGUUUACAGGAUCCAACUUCGAGAAUACUUGCACUGCUCUGGAGUUCGGCAACGUGGGUCCAGGCGGUAACGGUUCGCAGAGGGUGAAAUGGCCCGGUGUGAACGCAAAUCUGCCUCGGAACCAGGCUGCUCAAUAUUAUCCCGGCAAAUACUUCCGGGCUUCAAAUAACGAAGGCGAUGCGUGGAUUGUUUCCUCCGGGGUCCCCUACUCAAGCGGCCCCAUGCUAGCCUCUCCCUAG